CAGCUGAUUCCUCAAGUUCGCGAAAAAAAUAGCAGCAUUCUUUGAUAAGAUAAGAGAAAAUCCUCGAAACACCCAACAAAUCGACGUGCUUAAGCCCAAAAAGUCCAUGGCUGAAUAAGAUCGAACCUCGCCCAGUCGAAAAAUGUGAUCGAACCGCGGUGGCAGGCAGCAGCGGAUUGAAAUCGCAGGAUUGCCAAUUUGGAGCACCCCCCACAUGAAAAAUGGGCGACUGUGAACAGAUUUGGCCAGAAAUCGGAGUGGAUCCGCAACAUGUUUGUGAGGCAGGCGGCGAUGGUAGAUUCCAAGUGAUCUGCGACAAGGCGUGGCUGCAAUCGCUGGAGCGAAACAGGCGGCUAACUCACUUUCCCAGUUGGCCACUGCUGGAUCGCAGGUCCUAUCCCACUGGGCAGUUGGAGCAUCCGUGGACGAGGAUUUUGGUGCAGACCUAUAGGAAGCAGCCGCAGUCAAAGGUGUACCCGUUGCCUAGGAUCUCUGGGGAUGCGCCUUCAUCCGAAUUGCCACUCUCCUACUCGCAGGCAGUAUCCUUUGUGGCUCACAGCAACUUCAAGCAGCUUUGGGAGGAGGCUUACAGGAAGUACAAUGGCGCCCAUGUCAAGAUGUGCAGAUCAACUCCGUCAGCGCCCUCGACGAAGCCACCAAGUGGCCAAGGCCAGCUACAACCGCAUGAUGUGGUGCUCAAAGAGCUCAUCCAGCGGGUUUAUCAAUGCCCCGUGCUGCACUGUCAGCUAGAUCGUGACGGACUUAGUGAGUCGUCGAGUGCUACCUCUUUUUCCGCAGGCAGCUGUCAUGCCAACGUCUUGCCCGCCCUGGUGGCCAUAGAGUCCUCCAUGCACAUCAGCGUCUUCUUUUAUCCUCCAGCUCUUGAAUGCAGCCUGUACGAUUGCAUCACCUUCAGUCCGGCUUUGCUGGGAAAGAAUUACAACAAGACACUGUUUGUGCUCUACCAGAUCCUGCAGCUGGCGAAGCAUCUCCAAGGACAGGGACUUUUUCUGGGCGAUCUGCGUCUGCAUGAUAUUGUGCUGCGGGAGAAUCUCUGGCUGCAAGUGCUUCCCCGGCUGCAGUGUAAUCUGCUGGACGAUGAUCCGGCUGGGGAGGACAUGUCGCCCCUUACGCCGCUGGCCAGCGAGGAUUUGGGAGAGGCUAGGGAGGCGCAGCAGCCACUACCCUCCAGCAGCACCAUGUUCGACCUGCGAUUCGCCUAUGAUCCCGCUCAUUUCAACUUGCGCGAAUAUGCCGAGAUGUGGUGCAAUGGUCAGUUGUCCAACUUCGACUACCUUACUAUCCUGAACAAUGCGUGUGGCAGAAGUCUGACCAAUGCCGCCUACCACCACAUCAUGCCCUGGGUCACUGACUUUAGUGGACGCGGAGGAGGCGCAUGGCGGGAUUUGACGAAAAGCAAGUAUCGCCUGAACAAGGGCGAUGUCCAUCUGGAUCUCAUGUACGCCCAUGCAAGCCAGCAUGGCAGCGCAGACGGUGGUUAUCAAGCAAUCGGUGAUCAGGCGCCGCACCACGUCUCCGACUUUCUUUCCGAGAUCACCUACUUUGUAUAUAUGGCGAGGAGAACGCCCCAGGCCAUCCUCUGCGCCCAUGUGCGUCCUAUCUGGGUGCCCGCCGAGUAUCCAGUGUCCAUUCAGCGACUCCAGGAAUGGACGCCAGACGAGUGCAUACCCGAGUUCUACUCAGAUCCCAUGAUAUUCAAGAGCAUUCACGAAGACCUGCCGGAUCUCGAGCUGCCAGCUUGGGCCAGCUGUCCGGAGGAUUUUAUCUGCAAGCACCGCGAGGCCUUGGAGUCGCAGUACGUGAGCGAGCGACUGCAUCACUGGAUUGAUCUCAACUUUGGAUACAAACUGAGUGGCAAAGCGGCGGUUAAGUCGAAGAAUGUCUGCCUAACCCUUGUGGAUCAGCACCGGAAUCUCAGCCAGCGCGGCAUCGUCCAGCUCUUUGCAAGCGCACAUCCUCCACGUCGAUAUGCGACGCCCUGGUUUAGUAGAACCGCACCCAGGCUAAGCCAACUGUACGCCAGUCCUGCGAAACGUCUAGCCAAAAGUACGGAAAACCUGCAUGCUGAAAGUGCAACUGGAUCGUCCCACCUAUCUCUGCGUCUUGGUGAUGACGGAUCAAGCGGCUCUGUUCACAGCAGCUCUGCAUCCGCAUCAGCUUCCAAUUUCUAUGCAAUCACAAAUUUCAUUGAACUGCCGGAGAAUUAUAACCCAGCUCUUUUGCUACACAAUCUGGAGACUCUGGAGGCGUUCUACGCACGCACUUUCCCACAACAACGCGCGUCUGCCAACCCCGAGGAGAAGAUGAUCAGCAGUGACAUGAUGUUCGAGCAAAACUCAGCGGAACAUUCGUUCACGAAUCAACUGUUUGCCAGCGGUGAUGAGAUACCACCAAAGUCAAAGAAUCUCUUAAGAGAAAAAAGGAAUUGUCUACAGCAUCUGUUGAAUGCCAGGAAAGAGCGGGAUCUCCACGUCUUGGGAUGCCUCAUUAUUGAACUCUUCGCCAUGCAGCGUUUGCGACCUCUUCUGAUGGGAAACGGCUUGACUGCAACCUUUGAUUCUCGACUCUCCGCCUGCCGGACGGUGGCUCAGCUGCAUCGUCAGGAGCUGCCCAAGCCAGUGCGUCGAGUAGUGCGCUUGCUGCUUCAAUUGGAGGAACCUGGAGAGGUGGAUCAAGGCUUGCCACAGCCGCCAAAUCCUGCCCAGCUGUUGGAGCCCAUGUUCAGCAACUUGUUGCUUCCAUUCCCCAGCCACUACAUGGCUGUUUACGCUCUCGUCAGAUCUCUACAUGCUUUUGAGGCUAAUGCAGUGUUACUGGAGCUGCACACUCACUUCAGCUGCAAAGGAGGCAGGGAAUGCGACAGAUACACGGAGAUGGAUCGUCAGAGAGUGCUUUUCGAACGUAAGAUCGCCGAGUGUAAGGUGAUGUCGUGUUGUGCCCAUGUAAAGAGGCUUCUUGAGCCCAUGGCCUUUGCCUAUGAGCAAUUUACUCCGGUGGAGUUGCUGCUGCCGCACAUCAUAGAUCUUUUGAGAGAUGAACGCACAUCGAUAUUGACUGCCUGGAACCUGUUCGAUCCCAUUGCACAGGCAUUGGGAGUGUCCCAAACCCAACAGCAUCUGCUACAACCACUGCUGAAACUGUAUGAUGUGGAGAGCGUCAGUUCUCCGGACGACGGCGGAUCCAAUGGCUCCACUAACAGUGGUGGCCAUCUCCGUUUCUCAGCCAGCAGUUCGUUCAAGUCCCGGAAAUCGGUGAAGCUUUAUCACCACAGUUUCCUGCUUCGUCUAAUUGUGCGUUUCGGACUCCGCUGUUUUCUGCAUCAUUUCAUAGCGCCACUCAUUGAAGCUGUUGGUGGCUACAAGGAACCGGAGCAGGGCAAUGGCUAUCACUAUCACAGUGGCGGAAGCAGAAGGACGAGUAAAAAUCUCAACUUUGCCUCAGAGAAUGAAGUUCAUCAGGCAGUAGUGGCACCAGAAAUAAAACCCGAUAUUGAGGAGCUGUUCACCUUCGAGGAUGACCACGACAGGGCGUCCACGCAGGACAGCAAGUCGACUGACUCCUUUGACAUGCGUCCCAGCACCAGUGCUGCUAGUGCGGAGGAAGCUCGAGAAUCGGAUGGAUCCCCAGAUAAACUGGUGAUCAACGAACUUAUCUAUGGAGCAAGAAUAUCGCCAGAUAAACUAUCGUUAAAGGAGAGUCAAACACCACCCGCAUUGGUUCCACCUCCCAUAGGACCGCGAUCGCCCACCAUUGAGAUUCCCAUGGGUCCCACUGCCGGUGGCAUUCGUCGGAGUUUUCAGCUGAGCGCCAUUGACUGCGAUAUUGGUUCGCGGAAGAGUGUGGACAGCUUUGAGCUGAUCAGCCAGGCGGUGGAGCAGCUACCUCCUCCAGCGGAGCAGUCGGAAGCAGAGGCAUCGGACUCCCUGCAGGCAUCGGUCAUCUCUCGGUUGUCGGAAGCCAAGGCCGUGCAGAACAACCGCAUCAGCGAGAUGAGUGCCGAGAGUUUGGUGUGGCUGUCGCAUCGGCUGGGUCCGGUGCUCACCUCCCGGUUCAUCACCAGGAACCUUCUCAAGCUGCUCUCCCUGUGCUACGUGGGUCAGGAGAACCUGCUACCGGAGGUGGACGAUGGUGGUUCCAGUUUUAAUUCCAGUCCCGAUGCAGCCAAUCUCAAUUACUUCAGCAUUGCCAACGCGAGGGUCGUGGGCGACCGGAGUGCCGCUCGCGUCCUGGAGUGCCUCAUGUCCAUUGCGGCUCUCUAUGGGGAAAACUUUUUGCUGUUGCAAUACUUUCCCCACAUCAGCGAACUCAUCAGUCUGUGCUCCAAACGAAUAACUGGCAGCCUCGAGGGAGCCAUAAUCAGUUCGCUGCAAUUGCUUAAAUACAUGGUUCCAUGUCUAACCGAUGCCAGUAUCAUGGAGCACCUACAGCACAUAAUGCUAGACGCAAUCCUUCUGCCCAUUUUGCGUCUUUUAAGCUCCACCAACCUUGUGAUGCCGAGUGGUUAUCUGGGACGUUCGCUGUUGGCUCGCAAGUUUCUGGAUGCGAUCUACGCUCUGAGCGUUCGCUUGGGCUCGGAUAUGACACGGGAGCAUCUGUGUCAGCCGCUGCUCAAUCCCUUUUUCCUGAUUUUCAACAAGGCCUUUGGAUUGCCAAAUGACUUUGCCUGCGAUCUCGCUAAUCUCUCGCUCGUUGGUGGUGCAUCGCAGCCGGAGCGUGCGCUGGAGGAGCUCAGGGAUGUUUUCGGACCGGAGCUGGCGCACACCGCUUAUUUGACAUUCCUGCGCUUCCUGGGCGAGGCCAACAUGAAGAGGACACUGAGCAAUCUGGAUUUUGUGCUGACCUUGUGCCACGAACACGAGCAACCCAAUGGACAAAACAAAAUUCAACUAGCGACCAGUGUGAGUUCUGGGCAAGAUGUGGACUCUCUAGAUGCGAGCUGCGAACUGGCCGCCAAUAGCUUUGGCACUCAGAUCGUGGGAAACCGCUUGCAAGUGGCCAGAAACAAUGUGGAACUCAUCGAUAUGGUGGCGUACAAACUGGAUCAGAUGCCAAAAACUCGUCAUCUGAAAGGCAACUGGUUGGCCUACUGGCGCAAUGAGACGACGCGCAAUGAGAAGGACACUCAGACACUUAACCUCAAGCAAAUUCGCCUGCAGUCGUUUGUAGGACACACCAACUCAGUGAGAGCUAUAUAUGCCCUGGAUAAUGAGAACAGUUUCAUUUCCGCCUCCAAGGACAAGACCGUGAAGCUGUGGUCACUUCGCAGCGAAGGAGAUGGCCGCAAGACGAGCGCCUGUCAGUUUACAUACACGGCGCACAAGAAGUCCAUAAACUCGCUUGGCUUCCUGGAGUCCUUGCGAUAUGUGGUGUCAUGCGAUUCGGGCAUUCAUCUGUGGGAUCCGUUCAUAGGAAGACCGCUUGGCGUACUGGAUGCUCCUCGUCAUAGUGCUGUCACAGUGGUCAAAUGUUUGCCCUCCCAUUCACCGCUGGUGAUUGCCGGCACAGCGGAGUCCACUGUCAAGAUGGUGGAUGCCCGGAGCUGUGAGUACGUGAACGAGUGGCGGGUGUGCAAUGCUUCUCUGCCCAAUGCCACUGUCAGAUGCCUGGCUGUUGCUCCUUCCGGUAACUGGCUGGCAGCGGGACUGUCGUCAGGAUGCAUCGUCCAGCUGGACACGCGCACUGGCAUGGUGAUCAACUCGUGGCGACCAAUGGAAUGCGAUCUGCUGCAGCUGGCCGCACCGAGCGACCAGUUCCUGGUGAGCUCCGCCUUGGAUCAUAGCCUGGCCGUUUGGCAUGCCCUGGAUGGUAUCAUGCACUACCAGCUCAAACCUCCACCGGAACCCGCCCAUUUCCUGCAGAGUGUUGGCCCAUCUCUGGUCUAUGCAACCACUGGCAACCGCGUGGGCGUCUAUGCGGAUGUGACCCACUCCCACGCCUUCAGCACCAUCACCAAACUUCGCUCGGAGACAUUCCGCGGUGUGCUCACCUCGCUGGCCGUGUUGCCACUGAAUCGAGCCUUCCUCGCGGGAAACGAGAGCGGAAAUAUAGCCCUGCUUUGCUAGAAUUUUUUGUACCAUACUAUGAUAUUAUAGUCUAGUUUAUUUUAUAUUCAACGGCACCAAAUAUUAUUUUAAUGCAACUAACGAGGGUUGGACAUCGCCAAGAAACCUAACCCGCCUAACCCAAUGAAUUUGUGUAUUGAGGUAGCGUUUGCAUUGCUAUUAUUAUUUAUUAUAAUUACGAUCGCACAGGCAAUGGUACAUUUAUAGCAUAUAGAAAUUAGUUCGCAUAAUCAAAGCUAUAAUUAUGUCGUGUAAAAGCAUUCCAGGUCCACAAUUUAUAUGUAUUUAUAUGUAUGUCCAUACAAUAGAAGACAAAAUUGUAUUUAAAAGUAACUAAUUAAGCUGGAAAGAGGUAAAAUAUUUAUAUAGCGAUACAGGAAAACAAUAAAAAUGUAAAAGACAAA